UUCAAAAUUGGGCUCCAUUUAUUCCAAAGCCUGCAGCAAGCAGACAAACAGAGGGAGUGGUAGAGAGUGGGACUGGAGAGUGAGAGCAGAGCAGAGUGAGAGAGAUGGGUUCCAUGGUGCUCCUCCGUUCCCUGGCCUGCGUCCUCAUCCUCCUCUGCUCGUCGCUCGGGGCAGCGAAUGGGAUGUAUCGUAGAGCUGGCGGCGCGGAGGGGGAGGAAGCGGGCGGCAGGGUCGCCGGCGGCGCCCGCGGCGGCGUCAGGAGCGCGUGGCCGGGGUACCUCUACACCAGAGCUGUCGGGCGAUGCACACCCCAGUUCUGGAGCAGCGGGGCUGAGCAAUGGCCCAACAUCGUGCCCCAGGAGGCGGCGGUGUCCAAGGUGUUCGGGUCCAGGUCCAUGGACAAGUACGGGCCGCGGCUCACCCUGCUGGAGGCCACCAUGAGGACCGACGACGUGGGCAGCCCCUUCGUGAAGCUGGUGAAGCACGGCAGCGCGGCGCUCAUCAACGCCUACACGCGUACGGGCUUCCCCUUCGACUCCUGGGAGGUGAAGGCGCUGCUGCUGGAGGCGCUCGUCUCCGAGGACGCCGCCGCCGCCCAGGCCGAGCGGUUCCAGCAGGCCAACGAGUCGUGCGUCUGAAUCCCAUGGUAUGUAUCAAACAGAAAUGCAGAAUGGUACGUGUUCGUGGUAGGUCACCGCUUCUGUGACUUGGGAGGGAGAUCUCAAGCAGUGCCCCCGUUCGCGGUUGGCAUGUGUUGCCUACGGGAUAUUUGAAACGGUGAAGUGUGACUCGCACUCGUGUGUUUGUGCAAUGUGCGUAGCCUGUAGCUGUAGUAGUGUUCUGCGUGUGUCGUCGUGUAAGACUGCGAUCUGGAUGGUUGGAUGGAUGGAGCGUUUUAUUAUGUCGCCGUGUCGUGUUUCUAUGCUGCUAAUGACUUUUUUUACAAGGACUGUCUUUCUUUUGUGAUUGCCUCA